AUGCAAGGACUUCAAAUAAGAACGCCGGCAAACGGUGGCAGCUACAAGAUCACAACCGAAACAUCAAAGAAUGGAUCAGAAGAUCAAGAAAUGCUCACUCCUCCAUCUACACCUGCGCGAGCAAAGCUCAGUGACCAGUUUCCUUUUUCUCGGCGCUCACUGGAUGCUGCUCGCUCUCAUGUAUCGAAACUCGAUUUUACUCCAGACUUGUCAAAAGCACAGUUGCUAGGCGAAGGCGUGUGGAGUAAGGUGUACAGCGUUCCUGCUUUACCUACCCAAAGCCAGCAUGGACGUCCUUUAACUCCACCAUCAACACCACAUAAGAGCAGCUUUGCAUCACCCCAGCAGUAUGCAAUCAAAACCGCAUCACGUUCGGAUGCAGCCGCAGUCUUCCAGGCCGAAGCACAAAUACUCACACACGUUCAAAGCUAUGAUUCAAGUUCUGACUUCGUGGUCCCUUUCCUCGGUCUCUGCACGGGUACCUCAUCGCCUUCUCUUGUCUUCCAGUGUGCAGAUGCCGGAACUCUAGAAACUCUUCUCGAGUCCUCAUCAGACCUUCCUCUGUCUUCGGUCUUGGACCUUUUCCUCCAUACCCUUCAACAACUAACCUAUGGUCUCUACUUCCUACACAAGACAACGAAUACCAUCCAUGCCGACAUCAAACCCGCAAACAUAUUGCUUUCCUCAACCUCUUCUUCUCUGCCAACAGCCCGCUACGCAGACUUCAGCACAAGUUUCGUAGCCCACACAACACCAUCUUCACAUUCAGGCGGCGGCACUUACUCCUUCAUGGCUCCUGAACAACUCUCCCGCGACUCUGAACUCUCUACACCGACAUACGCCUCUGACAUUUAUUCUCUGGGCAUCACUCUGCUUUCUCUGCUUUGCGGCGGCAACCCAUUCGCUUCUCUUCUGAACAACGGGUUCCGUCUGAGGGAAGCGGUAAAGAUGGGUGAUGCGAUGAGUUGGGCUAUGCAAGAACCUGCCUACGAAACUAGAGUUGAGCAAUUGCAAAAGUUGUGGCAGGAAAGAGGUGGUCAAGGCAAUAUUCUAAGUCUUGUGGCUUGUGCGUUGAGGAAGAAGAGGGAGGAUAGAGCUGAUGCUGGGGCUUGGUGUAGGAAAGUCGAUGCUGCGGUUGCAAAGUUGAGUAAGGCGGAGACGGUUGGUCUGGGCAUCAGAUGUUAG